AUGCAUAUUAAAAUUAACAAUUAUCGUAAGAAAAAAACACUUCAUCGAAGGUACCGUCAUGUUUCAGGACUAGCUCAAUCAGAAUUAGUACUUCAUAAUAAUCCAGUUCUUCCACUCAUUGAUUUUUCAGCAUUUGUAAGUAAAGAUGAAACAAAUCAUUAUCCUCGUAAUAUAAUUGAGAAAUUAGCAAAUGCUUGUGAACAUGUUGGAUUCUUUUAUGCUAUUGGUCAUGGAAUAUCGAAUGAAUUACUUCUUCGAACAUUAUCUGUAACACGUCAAUUAUUUGAUCUUGAUUUGAAAAUCAAAAAUCAAUAUGCUUCUCGUUUAUUUGUUAAUUCAUCAAAUAUUAAUUAUCAAUCUGGUGGUUUAAGUCGUGGUUAUCAAAGUAUUGGUGAAAAUGUUACAAAUUCAAGACGUGAUCGUCAUGAAGGUUUUGAUCUUUAUCGUGAAUUGGAUUCCAAUCAUCCACUUCGUUUACAAUUCAAUGAAAAAAAUUUAACAAAUAAAACUUUACCUGAUUAUCGUGAAAUGGCAAUAGGAUGGAAUCUAUGGCCUAAAGAAUUACCAUUAUUUAAAGAAACUAUAACUGAAUAUACAACAGCAAUGUUACAAGCUGGUGCACGAGUUAUGCGUGCUAUUGCUCUUUCAUUAAAUUUACCAUUAAAUUAUUUUGAAUCAACAUUUAAUGAUUCAUUUUGGGUUAUUCGAUGUAUUCGUUAUCCACCUGUAUCUCAAAAUAAAAUUCAAUCACCAGAAUAUGGUGAAGGUUGUGGUGAACAUUCAGAUUAUGGUUGGUUAACAUUUGUUAAUCAAGAUCUUGAUUCACAUAAUUGUCUUCAUGUUCGUACAAAUGAUAGAUCAAAAGCAACAUAUAUAUCAGCUGAUCCAAUUGUUGUUGAAGAACAAAUUGCUUUAACAUGUAAUAUUGGUGAUAUAAUUGCAUUUAUUACUAAGAAUAAAUAUCGUUCAACACGUCAUUGUGUUGUUAGUCCUGUUAAACCAGCUCGAUCACGUAUUUCAACUCCAUUCUUUUUUGAACCAAAUCUUGAUGUUAAAUUACGUAUUAAUGAAACAUCUCCUGAGUGUUAUUAUGGAGAAUAUUUAAUAAAUAAAAUAUGUAUAUUAAACUAUCUAUCUAAUUAA